GGUUUUGCAUAGUAGUUUUCCCCAAAACAAGAAGCAACUCCAGCUCUCUUCUGUAUUCGGCAUCGUUUUUUGUCCGCAACAUUCAGCUAUGGCGGCACUCCAGUAUCUGGAGACCCUCAGGAAUGUCCAUCCCGAGCUCUCCGAGUGGUACGACUCCCUCGCAGAUCUGUACCAGCGCAAGCUCUGGCAUCAGCUCACUCAGAAGCUCGAGCAAUUCGUGGCUCUUUCCGUGUUUCAGGCUGGGGAUACUUUGAUACAGUUGUAUCAUAAUUUCAUUGCCGAUUUUGAGACGAAAAUUAAUCUUCUCAAGCUUGCACAUUUUGCCGUUAUAGUUUCUAGGCAGUACUCAGAGAGAGAAGCAGCUAUUAGCUAUCUUGAAGGGGUGAUUGAAAAGCUUCGUAACACCAGAGAGUUGCGUAUAGAGGAACCCAUCCUCUAUAUUAAGAUGCAGAAGGCUUUAUUAAAGCUUCAGCAAGGGGAUCAAAAAGAGUGUAAAAAACUUUUGGAUGAAGGAAAGAGUACGCUUGAUAGCAUGACUGACAUCGAUCCAUCUGUGUAUGCGAGCUAUUAUUGGGUUUCAUCUCAAUAUUACAAAGCUCGCCAAGAGUUUGCCGAGUUUUACAAGAGUGCCCUCCUUUUUCUGGCUUAUACGUCAGUGGAAACUUUAUCUGAUUCGUUUAAGCUUGAUUUGGCUUUUGAUCUAUCCCUAUCAGCAUUGCUGGGAGAAAACAUUUACAAUUUUGGGGAGCUGCUUGCGCAUCCAAUUAUCAAAAGUCUUUUGGGUACUAAGGUUGAGUGGCUGUAUUAUAUCCUUGAAGCAUUCAACACUGGUGAUUUGGUUCGUUAUCAAGAAUUAUGCAACGUUCAUAGAGCUGCUCUUAGUUCUCAACCAGCACUGGUGCAGAAUGAGAAAAAACUCAUGGAGAAGAUUAACAUUCUCUGCUUGAUGGAAAUAAUCUUCAGUCGACCAUCUGAAGACAGAACGAUCCCCUUAAGUCUGAUUGCUGAGCGCACAAAACUUUCUGUAGAAGAUGUGGAGUUUCUCCUGAUGAAGAGCCUCUCUGUUCAUUUAAUUGAGGGAGUCAUUGAUCAAGUUGAUGGACUAGUCCAUGUUACCUGGGUGCAACCAAGAGUUCUAGGGAUCCCUCAGAUCAAAUCUUUGCGGGACCGGCUGGAUAAUUGGGUGGGAAAAGUACAUACUGCUUUGGUAUCUGUUGAGGCAGAAACACCUGAUUUAGUUGCUGCUUAAGUUUAGGUCCUGACCUCAAUUUUCUGUAACAUAGUGCCCUAAACAAGCUAAUGUUCCAGCUGGGAAAUGAAAGAAGAUGGAUUUUUUUAGUUGUCUGGGCCUGUUACCCCGCUUUACAUGUUCAGUUUAUCACAUUUUGUUGGCAAUGUAUUGUUUUUCCCUCUGUAUUUCUGUACCGUGGAUUUCAUAUCAUUCUAAUGACAUGACGGGGGCAAGAUACAUUGAUGGAUAA